AUGAACGACGAACACCGCGGGCGCGACCCGCUCAUCUCCACCGGCCGCGGCGGCGCGGGCAACAUUGUCCGCGAGCUCUCGCGUGGGCCCGACGACGCCCUCGCCGGCGUCGAGAGAGGUCGUGAGAUUCGCGACCGCUCCGUUGACAGAGCCACCCACUCCGGCCGCGGCGGCGCAGGCAACAUCCGCUCGCCCAGCCGCGACCCCAAGUCGCAGGCGAUAUGCGAGGCGCAAGAGGACGCGCUGCAAGACGCGCUCAUCGCUGAGCGUCGCGGCCGCGCCGAAAACCAGACGUUCACCACCGGCCGCGGCGGCGCGGGCAACAUCGAGAACCGCUCGCGCUCGCGCUCGGCUGUGCGCGACGUGCGCGACGUUGCCAGCCCCUCGCCCGCUUCGCCCCUCGCCCGCGUCGGCUCAUCCAGCCGCACCAGAGCCGGCCGCGACGAGAGCCGCACCCGCGGCUUCCACGCCGGUCGCGGCGGGUACGGCAAUAUCACUGAGGAAGCGACCGAGGAGGAGCUUGCGCGCCGCAGGCAGGAGGAGCUGUACGAGGCCCAGGUCAAGAAGAAGUAUGAGGAGGGCGAGCCGGCUCCUCUUAAGACGACCGGCCGCGGUGGCGCGGGCUCGGUCGCGCAGGACCUCGCUCCUGUCGACCUCGACAAGCUUACCCUCGAGGAGCGUGAGGCGCGCGACAAGUUCUACAAGGACGAGAUCAAGCAGCCGAUCCGUGGCGGGCGCGGCGGCGCCGGCAACAUCGUCCCACGGGAGGAACGUGGGCGCGAGAGCAGCGGCCACCAGCACACGGCGAGCACAGGCAGUGUGUUCGGAAGCAUGCUGCGUUCGCUGUCGCGCGCUGCCCGCGGCGAGAAGGAGCCGGCCAAGUAG